AUGGCUGCCUUGCUCGUUUUCCAGGCGCUGCUAGCCCAGCAUCCUUCGCUGAAGGCGAUGCUGGCCAUGAGCAAGUUCACGGUCAACCAGGAAAUGGUGGCAUGCGAGUCCGACCGAGCUUCCGCCUCGAUGCAAUCUUCCGGCAUCUCUGCCCGUCUCCCCUUGCUCGGCCCUUCCCAUCCAAACACACGGCGUGUUAUGCAGCCUCCACCAUAUGGAGUGCCGCCUCCGCCGCCCGGCCAUUAUGCUCCGCUAGGGCAUGCUUACGGGUACGAUCCUUACGCGCGGCCCGAGCUUCACGGCAGCCAGCCUGCCGGCUACUAUGCCGGAGCAGGUUAUGGCCAGCAUGAUUAUUACCGUCAGCAGAGUGCAUACGGCCACGAACGCCACGUAGAGUACGGUAGUGGCUUCAAUGACGGAGAAAGCCGACCAAGAGAUCAUGGCAGCAAUGCUGAUCGAGGUGACCGGUUUGAAGGCCACUCCGAGAGGGACUACCCUAAUCACCAGGGCGACUGGGAAGGGAGGGGCGAUCACCGGCACGACCGGCAUGAACGUGGCGAACGUGACAGAGAUCGUCGUGACAGGGACCGCCGUGAUAGGGACGAUCUCAACAAUUCUGCUGGGGAUCAUGGUUUCGAUCGGCGAGCUGGGCAUGGUUCCGCUCGUGACGAUGACAGGAGAGACUCGGAUAACAGAAGAGGCCAUGAAGGCCGCAGCGACCCGCGCCCUCCGAAAGGUGGUGGCAAGGGAGGCCGUGGCCGCGGUGGGCAGGGAAGCCGGGAGCUGGCGCGGUCGAGGAGCCGCAGUCGAAGGCGUUCGAGUUCGGGCUCCUCUUCUGGGUCUCCACAAGAGAAGAAGCGCAUGCGUAAGGCCGCUGGCUUCGACAGUGUCACGAAGCCUCGCGAGACUGGAAAGGUCCCCACCGAGGCGGCUCCGCAGAGAGGUCUCGCUUUGGCGCCAGGCCGCAAGGCAGACGUUUACGGCCUGAAGGGUGCUUCGCAGUACAACGGCUGCGAAGGCAUCGUCAUCGAAGGGCCAAACGACAAAGGACGCUGGGAAGUGCAGGUGGACUACCAGUGCGAAACAAAAACGCAGCCACGGGGCCAAUUCCAGCCCCCGACAAGGCCCUUCCCACUGCCGUCUUCAGACCCGGGCAGCCUGGGCCUUGCGCCGAGCCCCAGUGGCCACUUCGGUGCAGAAGCACGCAAGCACUUCUGCCUCGAGGAUGGCUUCACGUUCCUGAACCAUGGCGCCUUUGGCGCCACACUGAAAAGCAGUUUGGAAAGCAAGCGGCGGUGGGCCGAGUACAUCGAGACACAGCCCGUCCGCUUUUUGGAUCGAGCCUCGCUGACAACCUUCCGUGAGGCCUGUUUGGUCCGAGAGCUUUUUCCUUGGAUGGUCAGCGUGACCCGCAGCUUGAGCCAGGUGCUCUCCGCACCUGCAGAAGACCUGCUGCCAGCACUUUGGCAACUGCAGUUUUGGGAGCAACGUGCGCGGAGCAAGUGGGUCCCCAGUGCCACGCUGGGAACGAACGCAGUCCUCAGAUCCUGGCAGCGGAAGAGAAAGCCCGAUGAUUCCCAGCGCCUCUUGGCUGAGAUGUCCUCAGGAGCGGUUAUCCUUUCGGUGGCUUAUGGCUCUACCAAGAAGCUUCUCAAGAGGAUGUCCGAGGAGUCUGGCUUCCAGGUUGUUGAAGCAACCAUCGAUUUUCCGUUGGCUGGAGACGCGGAGGCCCGAAUCAGGCAUGAGGCACCAACGGUGCUCACACACUUCUUUACACCGGAGCCUUCAGAGCGAUGUGGACACCAGGUGCUGCCACUCCGGGAGGCCGUGGCGCUCUGCCGCGCUAAGGCUCCCGAGGCUUUCGUCAUGGUCGAUGCAGCGCAUGGCUCACCUCUGAAGCUCACGGGUCCCGCUGCGGUGCCCGUGGACGCCCUGGUGACCAACUGUUCGGAGGACCUGCUCGGACCGAUGGCUCUUGUGGCAUUGCCACCAUUUAAAGCACUGCAAGAUCGCGGGCAGCAGUGCAUAUCUGCUCACAUCUACAACCACAUCGAGGAGUACGAGAUGCUGCGAGAUGCCGUCCUGGAGCUUCAGCACUUGGACCAGCUGCUUUCCCUCCUAGAAAGCAACCUGCAACCCAAGCCUUCCUGCGGCUGGGAGCUCGUCAUCGCACCGAUUGCACUAGGCAUCAAGGAGACGGAUGUCUCUCAAGCCUUGUCCGUGCAUGGGAGGGUGCGACAUGUAAAGAUGACGGAUCCUCCGGCCUGGGUCUCGAUUUCCUGCACUGAUUCAGAGUGGAGGAUCCCUUGCUGGCCCGUGGGCCCCCUCUUCCUAGGAUCCAGCGUGCUUGGAAAGCUGGCUGCUGGGCUCGAGAAAAGCUCAGUGGGAGGUGGCAGCACCGAAGUUGUCCUUUAUAGAUCUUUCAGAGCAUACAAGGCAGCCCUUGGGCCUCUCGAGGGGUCGCCGUCUGUGUCACACGGCUUCCCGAGCGAGGCCGGUGCGACAUAUGUGUACGAGCACCCUUCCGGAGAUGGCGCUGUGGAGUGCCUGGCCCUCGUCUUGCUAAAGCGCAGUCACGGCAUUAUGGCUGCUGUACCUGUUGGUGUUUUCACCCCAGAGGAGCUUCAGGCCGGGGAGGCUGCAUCUAUGGAGGCCACGAUUGGUCCCUCUCGGCAGGUCGAGGUCUCAGGUGCAAGGAUCGUGGAUGGGGUUGCCUCUCCCGUCGGGGGCGCCUCUGUGUCAGCCGUCCUCGUGGACUUGGUGGCGGAGAGUUGUGUACGGUUUCUGCCGUUGGUGCCUGGAGAAGAGCCAGAGCUUCUAGUGCCUUUCGACAGUGCCCGGCCGGAUUGCUGGCCCGACCCAAGUGCUUUGCUGCAGGUCGCCUUGAGCUGGGUGCAAGCGCCAGACCCAGAGCAGGAGCGAGUCACGUACUACUCAGCGGAGGAGGUUGUGGACCCUCCACCCGUGCCCAGGACUCGAGCCAGGCUCAAGUUGUCACGCGACGACCCGGGCGUUCCGCUCCCGGCUCCCGUUGGUGGUGGCUCCGACAAGCCCGCCGAGCCAGCUGCAAAACCGAAGCGGGUCAGCACAGCAAACCUGGCGACUCAGUUGGAGACCCUUGGGCAGCCGCCUUUGGCCGCGCCGUUGGGUGUCAUACGAUCAAAGGCGCCAUCGGCAGCGCUCUUGGGCCCACCGCCGACUGCUGUUCGAGGGCCCCCCCUGGAGGCUGCACAAGUGAACGCCCGAGUGCCGAACGAUGCCCAGGAGCUGGAGGAGGACACGCUGGCAACCGGCGCCGACACAACCUUGGCCCAGGCUGUUCUAGCCCAAAGCCAAGCACUGACUGCACUAGUUGGUCAACUCGCGGCCGCCAAUCCCGAUCCGCUCCUCGACCUCCCGUCCGGCUCAGUGUCUUCGCGGGGAGCAGCCCAGCGGGCAAAGCUCCAGGAGGAACUUGCGUCAGGCCGGGGAACGUUCUACCAUGCGGUCCUAGGGAACAUGGCUCGCCGAAUGUCGCCCGCAUCCAUUCCAGCUACGGACCCGAGUGUGCUUCUCUCUCAAGGAGUGUGCCUCAGCAGGUACUUCGAAAGGUUCGGAGGGUUUGGGUCAGCUCGCGAUAUGGCGCUCAUUGCCCACCAAGUCAGUGCGAUAAUGGAUGCCUUUCAGGCCGGGCGAGAAGACCUGGCCAGGGAUCACACUGCCCUCCUUGCCGUGUGCAUAGAGCAAUCGGUGUUAGAUGGGAAUCGGAUGGAAGUUGCCUACCAGCUGACUUUUCUGGAGGACCCACCGGCAGCCAUGUACUCGGGAAAGGGAGGCCAGGGAGCACUGCGUGCAAAAGCGUUUGCUCCAUUGGCAUCGCAGCGCUGGGCAACAGUGGUGCUCUCCUAUCUGAAAGAGUUGGAUACGUUGACGGUGAAGCGAACCGAAGCAGCCAGACCAAAGGCCCCCCCGGGAGGAGGGGCCCUCGUGCUGGAGCCUCUCCUCCUUGUGCAAACUCCACCGCUCGUGCUGCCCCGUGAUGUUGCAGACACGCUUUGCACUACGAUCGGUUUCCUUGACUGGGCGUGGCUGGUGAAGUCUGGGAAGAGCUGGCGUGCUUUGGCGCUCCGGUUCCCUCUUCCUCCCGGCCGAGCUGGUCCCGAAUUUAUUGCACGACUGAUGGAGUUGGAAUCUUUUGCUGCCGAUGUGCUGCAGGGACCCGACUACGGCUAUAGGAUCCUUUUGCAUGGGCUUCCUCUGACCGGUGAGGACAGGCCAACCUUUGAACAUGAGGAUCGUGCCGAAAACCUCAAGUUAGCAAAGCUUUGGGAUGUGAAUGGGCUGCUUCGGUUGAGGGUUGGGGAGAUCAAGGAGCGAAGCCUGUGCAAGGCUUUUAACGCCUACAAAAACGAGAGUCGCGAUCGCCAAAUAGGAGAUCGCAGAUUGCCCAACCAGCACGAGAUGCGAAUAGCAGGCCCAAGCCGGUUCUUACCUUCGGGAGUUCUUUUCUCCAACCUUCAGCUCAGGCGAUGGAAGGACACACUGAGCGCUUUUGUGUCUCAUAGGAAAGACUUCUAUCACCAGGCGAAGGUAAGCAAGGAACGCAGCGAGACCAAUGGUCUCCCCUUCAGCUUUGGUGCCGAGGAGCUUGAAGGUACGGCUGCUUUAGCCUCCGUGCAGGAGGACGCCUGGCGAUCUUUGGGAGUGGAAUUCGCUUUGGAGGCGCAUGGUCAGUUGUUGCAAAGCCGGGGAGCCUUGAGGUCGUGUUGCAUGUUCAAGAAUCGCAGCUUGCCGCCUCUCAAGAGCGACUACCAAGCCCUGGUCAUUGACGACCUGGUCAAUGUUUCAGUGGUGCCGGCCGUUGGCAACCCUCUUGAAUGUGAGGCAGCACGUCUUCACGCUCGGGCGCAGGAAGCUUACAGUGCACAUAAUGUUGCCGGCUCGGCGGAGAAGGAUGUGAUCGCGGCCCCUUUGGUCACAGCCAUUGGUGCCGAACUUGACGCUCGACCGGAGCUGAUACGAGCCGGCAUCGCCACGGCAGCUGCGCCUCUGGCUCGGCGGCUUCCCUUGGCGGCUCUUAGCCUCCGUGCUGCGCGCCUUCCUGUGACUUCGGCGCAGCUCGCUGCCCGCCUUGCGGGGGCAUGGGCUGAGUCUGCGCCCAAUGGCCAGCAGGAAGCUGUGAAGCAACCGUGGGUGUUGGCCCAGGAACUUGUUCUUGGAGCCACGCUCUUUCCUCUUCUUGCGACCGACAUCACUGCCUCUACCCAUGACAAGGUCUAUGCUACUGAUGCGUCGUUGAGCCGCGGCGCUGUUUGCUCUGCGAGGCUUCCUGUUGAGACUGCAAGGGCCAUUUGGCUCAGUGGUGACCGGAAGGGCGGUUACAGCAAGCUCGACUCUCCUGUCAGGGCUGCCCUUCGGGCUGUGGGCGGCGAGACCUGUGACGAAGCUGAGGUGCCUGAGCUCUCUGGUCCUAGCUCGAGCAUCCCCUUCUGCCUUGAUGUUAUUGAGGUUGUGCCUGGGCCGGGGUGUGUGGCGGAUGUCGCAAGCGAUUUCAAUUUGCGUGUGGGCCCCGCCAUCAAUCCUCAGACCUCUCCCCACUUCCGCCUUGAUGACCCUGGGUUUGCCUCUUGGCUUCUCUCUGUGCUCGGGAAUGGAAUGGUAAGGAGCCUCUUUUUGAUGCCCUCUGGGGGCAUUGCUGCUCGCUCCCUCCUUUUCUUUCGCUUUGCUGCAAAGGCUGGCAUUCCUGCUUUGCUUCUGCUCCCGCUCAGCUCACCGUGGUUGGGCUCGGCUCAGUGGAGAGCGGCGUGUAAGCUUAACGGAGUUGAAUCUUGGACGCUCUCGAGAUGUCGUUUUGGUGCCCCAGAGCGUGGUGACCUGGCUGCGCUUAGCUGCCACCUUGUCAAUGGAGGCCUGCGCCUUGCCUGUUUUGGUGGGCAUGAGCAUAGCCCCUCUCUUCGGAGUGACCGCCCGGCUCUCCCUACUGGUCUGGUUGUUGCUGUGGCAAGGGCUUUUAGCUUGUCGCUCCUCCGGGACCCUUCUUUGAAAAGGGAAAAGCCUGGCCUUGAGAGUGUGGUUUGCAACGACUUGUUGAGCAGCGCUACUUGGCAGGUCGAUGUUGUCAUUCCGUGGUCUGGCCACAGUCAUAUCAAUCUCCUUGAGAGUGCUGCCAUUACUGUGCUUCACCGGCGUGUCGCUCUUGCUGAGCCCGACUCUCGCUACUCUGUGCUCGUCGACUCGCAGGUUGCAAAGUCUGCUGCUGCAAAGGGGCGGUCAAGCUCUUUCGCCCUCCGUGCCGGCCUCUGUCGAUCUUCGGCGAUACAGCUUGCGUUUGGUCUUUACCCAACCUACGGCUACGCCCCCACGCGCUUCAAUGUUGCAGAUGACCCUACAAGGUUUCAAGACUUGCGUCUGCCUUGGCAGCAUCGCCUUCACGAGCUUUUGCCGCUCCCUGCUUUCUACAGCCUUGGUGAGCUCCGUCUGAGACGCCCCCUGGCCUCUUGGGCUCGUCUUUUCCUUGUGGCCGCCUACGCACUGGACUUUGCCUCGUCUUCCCUGAGCGAUAUGCUGGCGGGACGGUUUGCCACUACCCCGCAGCUGUCGCUCCGACACGAUGUGCUGGCUUUUGACUCCACUCGUGGCUUCCCUGGCGAAGGUCCUGUUGCGUCCACUCUUUGGCGUGGCCCUUUCUUUGGCUUUCUCCUUCUCACCCUCUGUCUUUGCUUGGGUGACUUUUCUUUUCCUUGGGCCUGCAAGUGCCUCUUUGACCGCUCCCUGCGUCGGGAGUUUUUGGUCAGUCCCUUUCACAGACUUACUUGGACUACUGCCCCGUGUCGUGUGCCCAGCUCCUUCCUCCUGUGUUGGCUCCUUCUUUGGCACUGCCGUUCUGUUGCCGCUCACGGCAGUGCUCCGUGCCUUCUGCGCGUCUUGCGUGUGUGGUGGUUGCCUGUACCACCCGGCCUCGCUUGGAUUUGGCCUGAUCCUAAAGCCGUCUGCCUCCUCUCCCUCCUGGACUUUAACUCCACUCUUGGAUUUCCUGGUGAGGGGUGGCUUUUCUUCUGGGUGUUCAGGGUGUUCUGGUUUGCAGGUUUCGGUAGUUUCCCUCUCGGAGCCAUGGCUGCCCCUGCACCGCGUACCCCUGCUGACCUGGAGAGAGCUGUACGUAGACAGGAGUCGACCCUUGUCGCUGACCGGAUAGUGAGGCCAGUUACCCGGGGAAACCGUGAACGCCUCCUCUCUGAGUUUGAUGGCUGGUUGUUAUCCUCUGGCAGAGGUAGCCUGCAAGACUUGGUUGCGCUGCCCUUCGAUCGAGCUGAAACCAUAGCUGCGACCCUGGUUGCCUACGGCCAAAGCUUGUUUCGCGCGGGCCUCCCCUACUACAAGUACUCUGAGACCAUCAAUGGUGUGGCGAGCCUUCGGCCAGGCAUCAGACGGUCGCUCACCUACGCGUGGGAUUUGGCGUUUGCGUGGCUUAGUGAGGAGCCACCAGUACACCAUGCGGCGAUGCCAAAGGGAGUGCUUCUGGCCCUCCUGUCUGCGUCACUGAUGUGGGGUUGGCUUGCAGAAGCUGCCGUUUUUGGGCUAGCUUGGUGCGGACUACUACGUAUAGGCGAGGUUUUGCAAGCUCGGAGACGCGACCUCAUAUUGCCCUCCGAUGCCGCUCCUGGGACACAGUUUGCGCUUCUACAGGUACGCUCUCCGAAAACGAGAGGCAGAGCUGCGCGUCACCAAGCUGUUCGUGUGGACCCUUGUGACAUCAUCCAGCUGUUAAAUCUAGCUUUUGGCCGCCUCCCAGCUGAAGCUCGACUUUGGUCCAUGUCGUCGGGUACCCUUCGACGCCGCCUACAUCUCUUGCUGAAUCGUUUAGGCCUGGUCGUCAACGGCAAGGCGGCUUUCGAUUUGGCUAGCUUCCGGCCUGGCGGCGCUACCUGGAUGUUACAACUUACAGAGAACAGCGAGCUUGUCAGGAGAAGGGGCCGGUGGCUUUCACUGCGGGUCAUGGAGGUGUACCUUCAGGAAGUUGUGGCUACUACGUUUCUUCCGAAGCAAGCUCCGGGCACCCGUGAACUAGUCAACGCGCUGGCAGAGGAUUUCGGCAUGGUGCUGCGGAGGGUCACCUUCCUGUACAACAGCGGCAUCCUUACGCGGGCGUGGUACCAUUUGCUGGCAGCUGAAAAAGACGCGCUCUCGCAUGGGACAAGUGGUGCUUAG